AUGAAGAGGUCAGGAUACAUGACGGGGGGCCGUCGAGCCAGCUCCCCGGGGCGCAACACGAAAUACAAGUUGCCGCCAUUCCCAAUGCGACAGAUGUUUGUUCUUGCACUCUGUCGGAUAUGCGAACCGAUCGCCUUCAUGUCCAUCUUUCCCUACAUCUACAAGAUGGUUGAGGACUUCCACAUCACCGAAGAUGAGAGCAAGAUCUCCGUUUAUGCUGGCAUGGUGACAUCCGCCUUCACCCUGGCCGAGUUUUCGACCGGCGUCAUGUGGGGGAGACUCAGCGACAAGGUCGGACGCAAGCCCGUUCUCCUCAUGGGCCUCUUCGGCACCGCCAUUAGCUCUCUGGUUUUCGGAUUCGCUCCGAACCUGCCCGUUGCCCUUUUUGCGCGGGCACUGGGUGGUCUUUUGAAUGGCAACAUUGGUGUGCUGCAAACUACCGUCGCAGAAUUGGUCACGGUCAAGGAACACCAGCCCCGCGCAUACACCAUCAUGCCUCUAGUUUGGUGCCUUGGCUCCAUUGUUGGACCAUUCAUUGGUGGCGCACUCGCCAGGCCUGUCGUCAACUACCCCUGGCUGUUCGACGCGGGCACCAUCUGGGACCGUUACCCCUACCUCCUGCCCAACUUGUUCAGCGCCGCCACCGUCUUCUGCGGUGUCAUCAUCGGCCUCCUCUUCCUGGAGGAGACUCACGCUGAGCGUAAGAAGAGAAGAGACCCGGGUGUUGAAUUGGGAAAGCGCAUCUUGUCAUGGGUGUCCACCAAGAGCUGCCAGAUUCCGGUUCGCAAGGCGGAGAAACAGGCUCUGCUCGACGACGAUGAGCUUCCCGGCUACCGCACAACAGAGAACUCGCCCCAACUCGUUGGCUCUACCUCGGCGAUCCCCGAGCCCACGGAAACUCUGGAUCUGAGCGACGCCGCAAACAGCGACGAGGUCAAUGAGCAGCCGAAAAAGAUAUUCACCAGACCUGUCAUCCUGAAUAUCAUCUCUUACGGCAUUCUGGCCUUCCAUACCAUGACAUUCGACCAGUUGUUCCCCGUCUUCCUCAGCACCAAGCCUGACGAGCACCCGGAUACCCACCUUCCUUUCAAGUUUGUCGGCGGCUUCUCCAUGGAGACGGGGCCCAUUGGUGUUAUUCUCGCGGUCCAGGGUGUCUACUCUAUGAUCUCUACGGUUUUCAUCUUCCCGUGGGUGACCCGACGCCUUGGGCCCCUCCGUCUCUUCAGAAUGCUGGCCAUGUCAUACUUCAUGCUGUACCUGACAACCCCUUACCUGGCCCUCUUGCCAGAGAACUUGAGAAUGGUUGGCGUCUACUUCAUGGUCAUUUGGAAGUGCACCUUCUCAACCAUGGCCUACCCCAGCAACGCGAUUCUGCUCACCAAUUCAGCGCCAAGCCUCAUGUCUCUCGGAACGAUCAACGGUGUCGCCGCCUCCACGGCAAGCUUGUGCCGGGCUUUUGGGCCGACCAUUUCGGGCUUCAUCUAUUCCCUGGGUAUUCAAACCGGCUACUCGGGUCUUGCAUGGUGGACCAGCGGUGUCAUCACCAUCAUCGGUGCCUUCCUCAGCAUGCACCUCACCGAGCCUCGCGGCCGGUUGGACGAGCCCGUGAAGGACAUCGAAACGGCCGUCGAACCAUCCGAGACCGAGGGUCUGUUGGUUCCCAUGGACGCCGAGGACGAGUUCGAAAUUGAGGCAGGCCCGAGCCGCCGACGGUGA